AUGGAUUGUUUCAGAACUUCACCAAGUCAUUCCUGGAUUUAUCCCACGGUGAUCCUGUGCUUAUUUGGAUUUUUCUCCAUGAUGAGACCCUCAGAACCCUUCCUUAUACCGUAUUUAUCUGGACCAGAUAAAAACCUGACCAGCUCAGAGAUCACAAAUGAGAUCUUCCCAAUCUGGACAUACUCUUACCUGGUGCUGCUGCUCCCCGUGUUCAUCCUGACCGAUUACGUCCGCUACAAGCCAGUCAUCAUCCUGCAAGGAGUCAGCUUCAUCAUCACGUGGUUGCUGCUCUUAUUUGGCCAGGGAGUGAAGGCCAUGCAGGUGGUGGAGUUCUUCUAUGGGAUGGUCACCGCCACCGAGGUGGCGUACUAUGCCUACAUUUACAGCGUGGUCAGCCCCGAGCACUACCAGAAAGUGAGCGGCUACUGCAGAAGCAUCACGCUGGUGGCCUACACAGCGGCCUCGGUGCUGGCCCAGCUCCUGGUGUCCCUGGCCAGACUCUCGUACUUUUACCUCAAUGUCAUAUCCUUGGCUUCCGUCUCUGUGGCCUUCGUUUUGUCCCUUUUCCUGCCAAUGCCCAAGAAGAGCAUGUUUUUCCAUGCAAAGUCCAGCAAAGAAAUACGGAAGCAACUGAACAAAAAUGAGGCGUCAGAUGCACCUUACAAAAUUAACACACCAGGCAGUGAAGAGAAUCCCACUUCAGAAAUACCCACCAUUUCAGGGAACCUGGAUGGUGGUCCUUUGAGCAGCCCAAUGCCGCGAAAUGUAGCAUUGAAUGUUUUUGUGCAGUGGUUCCAAGAUCUAAAGGAGUGCUACUCCUCCAAGCGACUAUUUUAUUGGUCCCUAUGGUGGGCCUUCUCCACAGCAGGUUUUAACCAGGUUUUGAACUAUGUUCAAAUCCUGUGGGAUUACAAGGCACCAUCCCAGAGUUCUUUCGUCUAUAAUGGGGCAGUAGAAGCUAUUGCAACCUUUGGAGGGGCUGUGGCUGCCUUUGCAGUGGGCUAUGUGAAAGUCAACUGGGAUCUUCUGGGGGAGCUGGCCCUAGCCAUCUUCUCCAUCAUUAGUGCAGGCUCUCUGUUUCUCAUGCAUUACACGACUGACAUCUGGGCAUGCUAUGCUGGCUAUCUGAUAUUCAAGUCCAGCUAUAUGCUGCUUAUAACCAUAGCAGUAUUUCAGAUCGCAGUUAAUCUGAGUGUGGAACGCUACGCCCUGGUGUUUGGAAUGAACACCUUCAUGGCACUGGUAAUUCAGACCAUUAUGACAGUGAUUGUUGUAGAUCAGAAAGGACUCAACCUGCCAAUCAGCAUUCAGUUUUUAGUUUAUGGGAGUUAUUUUGCAGUUAUUGCUGCUAUUUUUCUAAUGAGAAGCACAUAUAUCAUCUACUCAAUCAAAUGCCAAAAGCAAGCCCAGAGCUCUCCAGCAAGUCAGAAUCCAGAUGAGCUCCACCCAGAGGGACCAAGGAAUGUCAUUACAGGAACAAAGCUCUGACCUUACGGCAGCCACUGCAUCCACUGAACAAGGAUCUUCUUGGUCACAAAGUCACUGAGCGCCAUAAACUGACACACUUCCAAAGCCUGGAUUUCAAUGAACCUUUUCAAAACCACAACAAAAUCUUAGUUUUAGACCAGAUACUACGUGCCCAGCUGGAUGCAGUUGACAAGACCCGUGACCUCAGUCAAAUAGCUGAUAUUGGGUACUCCAAUGAGUAGCAAGGAUUGGGAAGUUCUGGUUUUGGUUACUCCCUAGAACAUAUCAAUGGCAUGGAAACAAACCAUGAGAAAACUUCACUCAACCUGCAGUUGAUGUUCCCCAUUCGUAAGCAGAAAUACUAACUGGACUGACCCCUUUGCUUGUUUUAGAUAUUUUAUCUUACCAAAACAGGCAAGAGAUGGACAUUUUUUUU